GUUUGUGAGUCAAGUGUGUGUGGAAAAAUCACAGGUGUUCAGAAGUAACGCUCCUUAUCCUACUGAUACCAUUGCUAUCCCAGGUCAGCGUGAUCUGCUCUUCUGUGUGCAGCUGGAUGACCCAAAGCUGAAUUAUUUCCAACAGCCGCAGAAUAUCAAAGAAUCUAAUUUUUCAAAGUUCUUAGACAAGUACGGUGGACGCUCUUUCUUAGUCCCGUCACAAGUCGAGCCAUCAUUCUCUGCCUUUUACCGGGCUGGUGAUCCCAUCCUAAUCUACUUCGAGUCUUCAUCUGUGCUGAGCACACUUAGACAGCCGGUAAAAACGGGAGCCACUGGACUUUGUGUUGAUGGAAAUCCUGCUGGCUUCUUGGACAGUAAAAGCACAAGCUGUACUCGCAUUUUUGCCAACUUGAGCAAGAGCUGCCUUACUGACCCUGCCCUAGAUGCUGCCUCCUACUUCCGUGACUUCACCGUGCUAAAGGUCCCGGUUAGUGACACCAUUGCGCAGUCUAUGAAGGUACCGGUCACUGCAGUCGCACCACCAGGAGCUCCCCACAUGAGGAACAACACGUGUCACAAUGUGGUUUCUGAGGUGAUCUACGGGAUAGAAUUUAGUGGCACACGAGGAAUUCAGAGUGUUUCUGUCUGGUUCAAAGUGAGCAACAUCUCUGGGAGCUCAGGAUCCUCUCUGCAGCAGCACUUCACUUUGCGCUUCUGGACCAGGGCUCUGUCUCAUAUGUUGCCUAGAAGUGGAAACCCUGGCUACAUCACUGGAGCCCCACUGCUGGUUGCAGACGGUGGUACCGUGCAGCAUAUGAGCAUUUUACAGAGUGAAGGUGAUGGAAGUUGCUCACAGUCCCUCAGACACACAGUUCAGUUUGGAAGAAAUAUGAGGACAGGCUGCAAGCUCAGCCUACCCCCAAUACUAGAAGAAAGUAACUGUAGUUACAUCCAGCAGAAGUUAUACAAGGCUUUUCAGGGGGUGAACAGAGCAGAGAACCUUGCUAUAACGGGCAGUGCUCAUCCAGCCCAGGAAGACGAGUGGACAACCAUUCUGAUCCAGAACUGCAGUGUGCAGGCUGUGAAUUGCACUGCCUGUUGCGUGGUUCCUGUGACCCUGGAGAUACAGAUCCUGUGGAGUAAGGCCGGCCUACUGUCCAACCCUCAGGCUCAGAUACUGGGUGCACGGUACCUUUAUCAGUGUCAUCCCCUGAAGCUGCUAGGCACAAGCGUGGUACCUGUGACAACUGUGGUUACCUUCGCUGACAUGACAGAAUGGCCAGAACCUCCACGAGGUCAACCCCAAAUGCACUGGAAACUCCCCUUCGACAUAUUUUUCCCAUUCAAGGUGACGUGGAAUUUGGAGCAAAGUUACAGAGGUGAUCUGGCUGGCUGGUUUUUGUUGAUUCUAAUCAUAUCUGGCAUUCUCUGCUUUUGA